AAAGAGACACUUGGAUAAGCUUUCAAGACUCUGUUAUUAUGCCCUAUGUUAAUAAAGCAGCAUUCCUGGAAUGGCUGUUUUUGACUUCGCAUACCUCAAAAGGCUGACAAUUGGUGAUCUAAGAUUGUAAAUCUGGUGUUGCAUUGUCUUUCCAACAAUGAUGUAAUUGCUUUUAGUGUUUUCCUGGUUUGGUGAAUUUAUAAUUCUUAUGUAGCCAUCAUUUACCAACCACUCAUUCAGCAACUGUUUGAAGUUGUGAUGGUGCUGAAUAAGUGUUACUUAAAACCAGUCCAUGAAGCUCUGGCUUUCACAUCAUCUUCAUAGUUAUGUGAUCAUAAUUUGGGCACUUGUUAACCAGCUUGUGCUUAUGAUUGCAGCACUUUCUUCACCAGCUUUUGAUCACCAUUUGCAACUUUCCCUGCCAGUUUUCCUGAAGCAAAAUCAACGGGAAAGCAAGUAGGGAAGAUCACAUGUUGAUCCUAUAAUUCCACUGUUCUUGCUUCCUCUAUCCUUCCUGCCCUCACUCACAACCUUACUGAGCCUUCCCAGGCCUCCCCCCUCAGGGACACCCAUGCUCCUUCCCCAUGCUCCUUAUCUGGGACUCCAGCCACCUCCUUAAACAUCUUCAGUGUUCAAAUUGAGAUUACUGUACAUCAGAAAAUCUGGAUUUAAGUUUAUCAUAUGAAUAAAAAUGAAAAUCAUCCUUGCACUAUAAUGAUAGAGAUGUAUAUUUCCUGAGAACAAUUUAUAAAGCUAUCAAAUGAAAUAAAGCAAGCAGACCCCUGCCAUAUCAAGGGAUAAUGCUAGGAAGACGAUUGAAAGAAAUAAAGCCUUUGCUACUCAAGGGGGAAAAAAAAUCACACUGCUACAAUUACUGCGGUUAAGUCAUGUGGCAGAGUUAAAUAUAAACAAGCCAAUAAUAUUUCGAUUUAGCGAUGAUGGUGCGGUAUCCACAAAACUGAAUAAACCUUGAGGAUAACACAGGUAAUUAUGUGACAGGAACAAUCAUCUUAAUUGUGAACGUCUUGGGACCAGCGCUUUUUGAAAGCGAAUAGUCUAGAAACAGCAACACUCCGUAUUUAUUGGGUUAAACCCGCACCGAAAACAAAACGCUGAAAGCACCGCUGAGGCUAAAGAGCAUCUUUAAAACCAGCAAGAAACAAGGCCGCCGUUUUGGCUAAAACCUGUUGAUAAGCUACUAAGCCGUUGCAAUUAAUUAUCCAGACAAUAUUCUCGCUCGCGGUCCUCAGAUGAAGGGAACGAAUCAGGACCCGGUUAACGCGCGGCGACAAAGAAAGGAAAGUUGGUGAGCGCAUUCCUGCGUGUGAGGCAACGACUCCACGCUUCCUUCCCUAAAAAUGUACAUUUUUGUUAGAGAAAAGGUCACACGGGUGUGCGGUAGGCGGAGCUGGAGCGCUGCGGGGAGGGAGGAAAGCGGGCGGGCGAGCAGCGCUGCCUCCCGCGAAGUGGAGUCUUUAGGGAUUUCUCGGUGGAACCAGCCGCGGAAGGGAGUGUGCGGGGCUGAGUGCGCGCGCGCGCAGAGCAGCCGCCGGGGAGUUGCGUCUGCCUUUGCCGAGGGAAUAUGCUGCUGCGGUGGUGGCUGGCUUCUUGUUGCCAAACGGCGCCUGGAAGCCACAAGCGGCGGACGCAGCCCUUGGCGUCUUCUAGCCGGGGACCGUAGCGAGCGUUCCUCUUUCGGCGCAGCUUCCUUUCUUCUCUCCGCCCGCGGGUGCUGUAGCUGCUUUUCGCUUCUCCGCCUCUUCCUGGGGAUCAUGGAGGAAUCUCGGUCUGGCAUCCUUGCGGAGAAUCUGCCAAGCGGCAGCAGCGGCGGCCAGGAAGGUCCGAUCCUGGCUUGAGGAGACUCAGACUACCCUCCUACUCUUCUAGCGCAUUCCCUGAUGCCACGCUGAGAGUUGUACCAAACAAAGAUGCAUUGCAACAGCAGUGUGUAGUACAAGGAACGGUUUGCAAGGACUCUGCCUAGAGAUGAGGUGCUAACUGGAAGCCCUUUGCCCCUUUUCCUUGUACUUUUUUACUAGUUGCUAUGGAGAUCAAGGAAGAAAAAAAAGAACGAAAGCAAAGCUACUUUGCCCGUUUGAAAAAAAAGAAGCUUGCUAAACAAAAUGCAGAUGUGCCACCUCCAAACACCUGUGGGACUCACAUCUGCAAAACUCAGACUGGAAAAGGUGAUGGAAAAGGUGAUGGGAGCAAAAACAUUUUAGGACAGACAAACAGUUCUCAAGAAAACUACAAGCAUUCUGCAGAAAAGGAGGAUUAUGAGAAAAAAAAGAAAAAGAGCAGUCAACCAAAGGAUAUUAGGCGUACUGAUCUUAAACGAUAUUACAGCAUUGAUGAUAACCAAACCAAAACAAAUGAGAAGAAAGAAAAAAAAAUGGUCUCUCAGAAACCCCAGGGUACAAUUGAAUAUACGGCUGGAAGCCAAGACACCUUAAACAGCAUAGCCCUGACGUUUAACAUCACUCCAAAUAAACUUGUGGAACUCAAUAAGCUUUUCACACACACAAUUGUUCCAGGCCAGGUACUAUAUGUGCCAGGUACUUCAAAGGCAACUUUCUCAAGUUCUGGUGCUCCUAUUUCACCUUCUUCAUCAGAUGCAGAAUAUGAUAAGCUUCCGGAUGCUGAUUUAGCAAGAAGGGCUUGUAGACCUCUUCAGAGAGUUACGUCGUCCACCUCAGAGGAAGAUGAACCGGUGUAUAAGUUUUUAAAAAUGAAUUGUCGUUACUUCACAGAUGGCAAGGGAGUAGUCGGAGGGGUUAUGUUAGUCACUCCCAACACCAUCAUGUUUGAUCCUCACAAGUCAGACCCUGUUGUCAUUGAGAACGGCUGUGAAGAGUAUGGGCUCAAAUGUCCCAUGGAGGAGGUAGUUUCGAUUGCCCUCUACAACGAUAUCUCUCACAUGAAGAUAAAAGAUGCCCUUCCAUCCGAUAUUCCAAAGGAUCUUUGUCCUCUGUACAGGCCCGGUGAAUGGGAAGAUCUUGCCUCUGAGAAGGACAUCAAUCCUUUCAGUAAAUUUAAAUCCAUGAACAAAGAAAAGAAGCAACAGAAAAUAGACAGUUCUGUUGCUCCUAAUUCCAGACCAAUAAACUACUCAGACAAAGAGAAGUCUUCAGAUUUCAAAGUCCUGAAGUCUUCUGGAAGUCCUUCCCUAGUCACAUCCGAAUCAGUAGAAACACCAAAGGACUCUGCUACUCCUGACUCUUUAGAACAGGUGACUUUGAAAACUUAUAGUGCAGAAUGUUCUGUAUCAAAUAUAACUUUGGACUUAACCAAAGACAAUUCCCUUCUGGAGGAAGAUGGCUUUAUUGAGGUAGACAAGACCUCAUUGCAGAUUGAUAGUAAAAUAGAUUGCAGAGAUGCUGGAUCAGUUGAUCUUCACACAGAUCAUUGCAAAAUAAAAAAGGAGGUUCAGUUGCAAGCAAGUAACAAAGACAACUAUGAGCAACCAGUGUUAGAUUCAUCUGGGGUAAAGCGUAAAGUCUCUAAGGACGAUCUAGAUCUAGACACCUGUGAAAAGCUGGACGCGAUGCCUGAAAUAAACAAGGGUGGAAGUUCACCAACCAAUAAGAUAGAGAUGAACUUGGAUGCAAACAAAGAGUUGAAUAAAGACAAGCUUAUUGAAUUUUAUCUCAGUCAUGAUAAAGACGAACUAUCGCCUAUUGAUUACUUGCCUAAGGAUGAAGUCAAGGAAGAAAAGAAAAAUAUGCCUGUGGGCAUAGAUCUCACACUUAGCUGUUCAAAAUCCCAAACCACUGAAGUUCUUGCUGUCAAAAAGGAAGGACUUGAAUCCUGCUCAGUUGUAAGAAAUGAGCCUUUGUUGGAAACUGGCUCAGUAGCAGCAGAGAAAAAAACAUGUGAAGGAUUAGAUACCCCUUUUUUGACAUCUCAUCUAGAUAAAAAUUCUGAAAUCAGACUGUGGCUGUUGCAGAGAGUCCAAGUGCCCAUUGAAGAUAUGCUUCCUUCAAAAGAGGAAAAAAGUAAGACCCCACCAAUGUUUCUGUGCAUCAAAGUGGGCACACCUAUGAGGAAGACUUUCAUUUCCCAGCCAGCUGUGAUGGAUCAACAAUAUCAUAAAAGACGAAAGCAACCGGAAUACUGGUUUGCUGUCCCUCGCGAAAGGGUAGAUCAUCUGUAUACCUUUUUUGUACAAUGGUCUCCAGAUAUAUAUGGCAAAGAUGCUAAGGAGCAGGGUUUUGUGGUGGUGGAAAAGGAGGAGCUUGACAUGAUAGACAAUUUCUUCAGUGAACCCUCAACAAAAAGCUGGGAGAUUGUCACUGUAGAAGAGGCAAAACGCCGACAGAGUGUCUGCAGCUACUGUGAAGAUGAUGGUGAAGAUGAUGCUUUGCCUACCUUAAAAAACCAAAGUGCGCUUUUAGAAAAUAUGCAUGUGGAACAGCUUGCUCAAUCCCUCCCAGCCCGAGUGCAGGGAUAUCCAUGGAAGCUUGUCUACAGUACACAAGAGCAUGGAACCAGCUUGAAAACUCUGUAUCGUAAAUCAUGUUCUCUUGAUGGUCCAGUUUUAUUAGUCAUCAGAGACAUGGACAACCAGAUAUUUGGGGCAUAUGCAACUCAUGCUUUCAGACUUAGUGACCACUAUUAUGGUACUGGAGAAACUUUUCUGUACACAUUCAAUCCUAUUUUCAAGGAUUUUAAGUGGAGUGGAGAAAAUACCUAUUUUAUCAAUGGAGAUGUUACUUCCUUAGAAUUUGGCGGUGGAGAUGGCAAAUUUGGAUUAUGGUUAGAUGCUGAUUUGUAUCAUGGUCGGAGUAACUCUUGCAACACAUUCAACAAUGAUAUUCUCUCCAAAAAAGAAGACUUUGUUGUACAGGAUCUGGAAAUAUGGACUUUUGAAUGAUCUUUUUGCCUUAAACAAAUGGACUUUGCUUUCCUGACCACUCAGUGGACAUCAAAAAGUAGAAUGUAAUUGCUUUGCUAUAGAAUAGCCCUGGAAGACAGGCUAGUUCAAUGGUUAUACAAGAUUCUGAGGCAAAAUGGGAGAGAUUGAUUUAUAUUAAAAAAGGCAACUUAGUCAAUAACUUAUUCUUGUCCUGUCACCAUUUCUGCAAUAUGAAUGCAAGAUGUUUAUGGAAGACAGUUGUGAUGUGUAUAUAUAUAUGAGCUUGUUUAAAAUAGUAUCAUUUUUUGUAAUUGUGAAAGAAUACUGUGGAAAAACAUAGAGUUGUAUAGUAUAUUCUCUGCGUAUUUUUAUUCAGUGAAAGUGAAAACCAAAAAGAGGGAAUAGUUGCAUUACCAAAUUCUACGGUCUAAAGUGGUAGUUUACUUGACAAAGUAGUAAUUGUGUAUACAGCACUUAAAAGAUAUUUUUAACUAUAUUUAUUGGUUGUAAAGUAUAUUACUAGACCCAUUUUCCUUUUAAUAUUUCAAAAGUCAGAAUUUCCUAGAAAGAUUGAUCAUUUGAAAUAAUAUCUUAAAUCUGGAGUGUCAAACUGCUGGCCCAUGGGCUAGAUGCAUCAUGCUGAAACUGCGCCCACCCCAGCUCUGGCAAUGGAGUAAAAGUCACAAUAUGUUGUGACACGUCACGUGACGUGGCGAGUUUGACACCCGUCUUAAACAGUGGUGAGGGAAAAAAUUGAUUCCUUAAGCGUUUUUAUAUUUUGUUUUUUUAAUUUUGUAAAAACAUCUUAGUCAUUGGUUGCAGUUAGUUUUGGGAUCUUGUUUUUUGACAGAACACAUUCUGGAUUAUUUCAAACAGGUAUAUAGCUAGUGCCUUUUGUUCUUUCAAUUGGAGGAUAUGUUGAGGGAGGGAGGGAGGGAGGGAGGGAGAGAGAUAUAUCUUGUUUUCAAUUGGUUGUCAAGAUAGAAAUAUCUUUGGAUAAUGAAGUCAUGUAGUUUGAAACAGAAAGUGGCCUUUUAAGUAAUUCCUUGCAAAUUACUUAAAACCUUUGCUAGAAAAACAAUUAGCACCAUGUAACCCUUACUUAAAUUUUGAAAUAAAAAAUUGGGUUACCUGAAUAUUUUCAACCAGGUGUUAAUUUUUGUUUUUAAAGCAAAAUAAUUAUAUUUCUUUCCCAUUAAAAAAAGCUAUUUGGACCACAUUUACAGAUAACCAAACGUUUAGCUGAGAAUAUUCAUUCAUUUGGUAAGAAUUGGGCUACAAUUAAUUCAAAAUGUUUUUCUGUUUUUUGCUUCUCUCUAUUGUAAACUCUAUUCCUAAAGUUUGUAUCAGAAGAUUUGGGGUCCUUGACAUUUCUUUUAAAAAAACUCAAAGUUGACAUGUGAGUAGGGAUUUUUUUAAAAGUGUACUUCUGUGCAAGUGUUGAUCCUACUCUUUGUCUGUGAUACUUUAGUACUUUCACUAAGCAUCUGUGCAAAAUCCAUCUAGGCUGUGAGCUUGUUAUUAAAGCUUGAUGCUUUUCAGCAAUGUUCUAUUUACAACAUUAUUUUCAGCUCACAUGGGAAUAAUCAGGAAUAGACCUAAAUAAAUUAGAAUCAGUAUAAGGUUGAUGAAAUUGUGUUUUUUUUUCAUUCUUUCACUUUAUAUGGACGGGUUAGAUUGCGGAAAUUAAUUGUACUUUAUUUGCAGAAAUUAAAGAGAAUUUAGCAGUUGAAUCUUAAGUUUAUCAUAUAAGUUACUAUCUGAUACAGUGGUGUUUACAAAACUUUGUGUGCAUAACCACAUUGGGCAAACAGACAUCUGUUUUAGAGUACACAGUUGCAAUGGAAAAUACACUGGUAACUAAAGCUUGCUGCAGCAUGUAAAUAAAAAGCAAAGUAAAUUGCAUCUAUCACGUGUACUGUACAAACUUAAUUCCAGCACAGAAGUAAUAGCCUUGAUUUUCAGCCUUACGAUAUAUGCUAAGACCUGGGACAGUAGCUUUUUGCAUUUCUUUCCAAUAGGUAUUCUGACCAUUCAGGCUACUGACAGAUCACAACUGUAACAAUGAGCUGCUAUUACCUAACACAUUGAAACACUUGACCGAAAGAUGGUUUUACUAAAAGAUGGAGCAUUUGCACAUUUCAAGCAAAAGAUUUUUAAUACCCAAACUAUCCCAGUCUUAUUACCUGCAAUUUAUCCAUUAUAGUUGUCAGAAAUGUGUUAUAUAUUCCAAACAGUGUUGUACUACCAAAAUUCUAUGAUCCUUCAAAAACUGUGGAUAUUGAAUAUAUGUAAUGCAGUGCUACCGCAACAUUUUCAAAUAAAGGAAUUAAGCAUU